AUGCAGUCAAGAGAAAUUGAAAAUAGUGCCUAUGUUGAUUUAAAUUACAGAGACACUGGAAAAGAAUCUACAUAUCAAUUACAUGAAGAUUCUUCAAACCAGGGAUCUCUAGUGAAUAAAAUAUUCAAUAACCAAAGAGCAGCUUGUGUUAUCAUAAUAAUAUCCUUCCUUGUAACUGCAGUUGCAGUAUCCCUCGUGGCACUAUAUGCAAUGGAUGUAUGGCCAAUGGGUAGUGAUGCAUCUUUAAGUUCAGCUGAAGCUACUAUUACUGAUACUAAUAAAAGUGCUACAAACGCAUCUAAUACUACCCAAAUAAGAGACAAAUGGAUUUCUUAUGUAGGCGAUUUAGUGCCCGGUGGAGUAGAGGGGCUGAAAAAUGCUACCUUGCCUACAGCCGACUAUACGACUAUACAAGAGCAUACUGAAUUGACCACUAUAGCAAAUGAUAUCACUACUGCUCCUGGCAUUACUUUGGGCACAGAUCAGCCUGGCUUUACAGACUUUAACCAAUACACCACCUAUGUAGAUGAUACGGUAAAAGUGCAGAACUAUGCUACAAGUGAAAAUAUUAUAGAUUCAACUAUAAAAGCUACUGAGUUUACUUCUGUGGAAAUGGUAGACAAAGCAGCGAAUGUAUUAGACUAUGAUAAAUAUAAUGAAUCCUCUACUGUGGCUAAUUUAAGAAGAUAG